AUGGGUAGACAUUCUGUAGUCAUGGGUGGUGGGGUGCAUGCAAGCGAUAAUCCAGCUUUCAUGGUUUUCAUGAUUGCUGCCUCUGUCUCUUUGCUUUCCAUGGUUGUAUUUGCUUGUGGCAGUUUCUUUAGAAAGCGUAAGCCUUCCAAGAGUCCUGAUGAAGGAAAUAAAACUUCUACCACCGCCGCUUCGGGCGAGGGCGGUGGUGGUGGAAGAAAAGUCGGUAAGGAAAGUAGUACACCUGGUGUGGGACCGUUUUACGAAAAUCUCUCAAUAGUUAAUUUGGGUGUUUUACCGAUGCCAGACACUUGCACCGGUGAUGCUACCAAUAACGACGGUGGUAGUCACAAACAUGCAGGUCACGCCCCGAUUGGUAGUGACAGUAAUCAGGGCGGACAUGGUACUACUGACGAUCAUACUAGUAGCGGGGGUCAUACAAGUACCACUCAUAGUGUAGGUGGGAGCGAUACACAUACAACUGCUGUGAGUCACAAUAGUGGCGAAUAUACAGGUGUCACGAAUAUCGGUGGACAUGGUACUACUGACAAUCAUACUAGUAGCGGGGGUCAUAUGAGUACCACUCAUAGUGUAGGCGGGAGCGAUACACAUACGACUACUGUGAGUCAUAGUAGCGGCGGUCAUACAAGUAGUUAUACGGAUCAUAGUAGUAGUGGGUGGAGUGGCAAUGACGGCGGCGGGAGCAGUUGGAGUGGUGGUGGAGAUUUUGGUAGUAGUUGGGGCGGAGGUUUUUAA